GAGGAGUUUGUAUUGAAGUUUAUCUCUUGUUUUGUUCCAUUGCGAGAUCUACGCGUGAACGUGAAUCGUAUCGGUUUCGUUAGUGUUCCUUGUCAAAUCAGCUGAGGUGGUAGCCUGCUAGAGUGACAAUGAAAGUUUAGGGAAUAAAAGAUUAUUAUUAGUGCGAUUUCCGUGAUUUUUUAGUGAAAAGUGACAAAAAGAAUGGAUUAUAAAGUCGUAGUCUAUAAUGCUGCCCGUGAUGGCAACUUGAACAGACUUAAGAUAUAUCUGCAUUGCAAUAAAGGGAAAGACGAGGUGUACAUGCUGGUGGGAGCGAAGACUGCGGGGGCUACCCCAUUAGUUAUAGCUUGCCGGAAUGGACACUAUGAUGUAGCAGAAUAUUUGAUAGAAAAAUGCCAUGCUGAUCUAGAACAACCUGGUUCCGUAAUAUUUGACGGUGAAACCAUCGAAGGCGCUCCACCGUUAUGGUGUGCAGCAGCAGCAGGUCACCUUCAUAUAGUGAAACUUUUGAUUAGUCACGGUGCCAAAGUCAACACUACUACACGUACCAACUCCACUCCUCUUCGAGCAGCUUGCUUCGAUGGUCACCUCGAUAUCGUCAAGUACCUUAUUCAACAUGAUGCUGACAUAGAAGUGGCUAAUAGGCAUGGACAUACUUGUCUAAUGAUCGCUUGUUAUAAAGGACACAUCAGCAUAGCUAAAUAUUUGCUCAGCAUAGGGGCCAGUGUUAAUAGAAAAAGUGUUAAAGGAAAUACAGCGUUGCAUGAUUGUGCAGAAUCCGGAAGCUUGGAAAUUUUGAAAUUACUGCUAGAACACGGAGCAAAAAUGGACGUAGAUUCUUAUGGAAUGACACCAUUGAUGGCUGCCGCAGUAACAGGACAUAAUCAUAUAGUAGAAUAUUUAAUACAAAUUCCAAAUUUGGUCAAUAGAAAAGAAAGAAUUGAUGCUAUAGAAUUAUUAGGUGCAACUUGUGUUGAUAAGAAACGUGAUAUGAUAGGUGCUUUAGAAUUAUGGAAAAUAGCAUUAUUGGAAAGGUACUUUUAUGAUCCAAAACACCCUAUCCCAAAACCAAGUUCUCAAAAAGUAGCAGCUUAUGAUAAUGUUAUUGAAGUUGAUGACAUCGACAACUUGGACGAUCUCCUAGCUGAUCCCGAUCAGAUGAGAAUGCAAGCACUAGUAAUGAGAGAAAGAAUACUUGGACCAGCCCAUCCUGAUACUAGUUACUAUAUUCGUUACAGAGGGGCAGUAUACGCCGACGCAGGUAAAUUCAACCGAUGCAUCGAACUAUGGAACUAUGCUCUAGAUAUGCAACAAUCAAUGCUGGAAAGAUUGAAUCCGAUGACACAAAGUAGUCUUUUCAGUUUUACGGAACUGUUCUCUUUUAUGAUGUGUGAAGAAGGUAAACAUAGAGGAACAAGAGGCAGAAUUGUUCCGUCUGUAGACGUAAUUGAAAUUUUGAGGGUGUUUAAAAAGGCUGUUAGAGAAGUGGAAUUAGGAAAUUUAACCAUAGAAAGAUUGUCUAAUUGCAAAGGAGAUUUGAAUUAUCUAACUAGAGUAAUGGUUAUUACUCUCCAUUUAGCGUGUUUGUUGACUAAACUUUUAGAUCACCGUACCAGCAGCGAAGAAGUUACCAGGAACAUUUAUCAAGUGAUAUACCAAUUGGUGAAAUUGAAAGUUAGAGCUAGAUCUGGAAGAACCAUAUUACAUUUAGCUUGUUGUAAAGAAGUUGCAAUUUUGGGAAGAUAUCCCGCUUGUCAAUUCCCAUCAUCACAUCUGGCCGAGGUAUUACUUAAAGUAGGCGCCGAUCCUAAUAUAAAAGACGACGAUGGGAACACUCCUCUUCAUUUAACUGCUAUGACGAAACCUUGUCCGUCAUCAGUAGUUCAAGUGCUACUCGCUAACGGCGCCCACAUCGAUACCGUGAACAACGCAGGUGAAACCUUCGUUGAUCUUCUGAAAGGUCAACCUGUGCAUCAAUUAGUUAAUACGGCUAAAUAUACGAGACUGAGUUGCGCAGCAGCGCGAGUGAUAAGACAGUUCAAAAUACCAUAUAGAGGUAAUGUACCUCCUAAAUUAGAGUCCUUUAUAGCGUGCCACUGAUUUCAAUAAAUUUAAUUGUGAUUUAUGUAAGUUUUUCCUUUUUUUAAAUGUCUGUAACAUGUGAAUUUUAUCUGAUUUAAGAUUCUUUGUAUUUGUAAAAUGACAUUUUGUUGUUCAAAAACCAAACGCGAUUUCAGAAAAAAUGCAGAAUAUGAAUAAUGCUUUUUUAUUAUUAUUGUUUAGAGAAAAAAUAAUUAAAUCAGAGUUAAUUUUUUCCUAUCAUAUAUUUUUCACGUUUCAACUAAAUAAGUGAUUUAGGAAAUAAGUUAUUACUAUCAUUAAAACAAGUUUAGUGUUCAAUAUAUUUUUAUAAUAAUUGCUCUCGAUUUUUCUCCGGCCGUUCUUUACUCUCUAAUAAUUAUUUUUUUUUUCUUAUGAGAAAACAUUGAAAUUUGGUUCUGAUAGAGAUUUUGAACUAUUCUCCCAUGCUCUUUCUUGAGAUGGAAAACGUGGAUCUUGCACAUUGAUUAUCCUCUCGAGGGAUUUUGCCAUAUACAAGAUUUCUUUCGAAUUAAAUAAGUAUCUUGGAAGGUUCUCAGAAAAGAGUUUUGGUGUGUCAUAAGCCGGUUGUUAAAAGUCACCUUUUUACCUACUAGACUAGUCUCGCCUCUCAUUUCCCUGAACACGAGAGUAUCUAGGGUCUCUAACAAAAUUGAUAUAAUUAUUCGUCGAUUGCUUUUGAAGCUGCUCCAUCUAGUUUUGUACUACCUUACGAGGUAACAACUGCGAACUCGAGAGCUUUCCUAUUGUCACAGCAGAUAUAAUUGUGUAUGUUCUAUAUUUUGCAAAUUGCAUUUAUUUUUUCUUGGAAGAUUGUGGCUAUGAGACCGAGCCUUGGAGUCUCCUCCGUUUUUGGCCCAUCGCUACAAAAAGGUUCUUCUGUUCUUAAUUGUGUAACAGACCCAUCUGUGUACCAAACGGGUCCUUUCGGGCUAAGGAAAUUAGGAGAGUCAUAUUCCUAGUACGACCUCUCAGGACAGAUGACUUAAAUUUGGUUUUGAAAUUUUGGGGACGACGAUCACACCCUAUGGCUUGUAUCUUAUUUCUUAUUAUUUUAGGACUUUGACCAGAAACCUUAUCCAUUAAGCUCAACCACAAAUUGUCAAUAAUCAUCGUCCAUCCUUUUUUCACAUGGACCACAAGUUAAGUAGUUACCAACUUCGAUCUUUAGACUUAAGGGAUUAAUUCUAAGGGCGCCCCGCUCUUUGUUCCACCAGGUCACUGGUUCUUACAAACUCUACUGUUAAGAGGGCAAUCAGCUUCAUAGGCUUGCAUGAUUGCGUCUUGCACUCUGAAGAUGCACCAGUCAGUGACCCUUGGAAUCCUAUAGGACUCAGGUCACUGAAUGGAAUUACUCUUCAGGAGAAGAUAAUUUGACAUUGGCCUAAGAUUGUGUCCUUGGAACAAACCUGUCAGAUAGAGACUACUUUCGACAGCCCAAAGUCAGAUCGUUAACCUCCUGUUUUCAAGGGAGGCCUUGAAACGUAUUCGAGAAGAGUCGAUGUUAUUUUUUUGGUAUAGGAGCUGCAGUAAUUAAUUAAGACCCUUACCUUUUCUGGGUGGGACCUCUUCCUGAUCAUAAGGGAAAUAAUCAGGUCUUACCAUUUGUCUGGUUUUUGUCCCUCCGACCAAAAACCACUACAACUGCCAGGUCUCUGGUACACAGUUGGAAGAUCUUGAUCAGCCGCAGUUUCCUUUUGAUGAACAAGCUGGAUCUUGGUCCAAAAGGUUAAUUGUCGUGAAAAAUUUGUCUACAUUUGACUUCUAACCCUCUGACUGGUCACAUUAAUUCAGUGCUCAUGUAUCAGAUAUAUAUAUUGGUCCGCAACCUUAAUAGGCUUCUACUAUAGACACCUGAGGCGACUUGGCUUGGACAGUUGUGGGGAUAUGAGGACCCAAUGACCAUGUUACUGGUCAUUUAUGGAUAUACCCUUACCAUUUUUCCCUGGUGGGGGUAUAAAUGAGGAAGAUCCGGCCGUGUAACGAAGUCAGGGCAGAUUUUUCUUAUAAUAAUUACAAAAAUUUUAUCAAAUUUAAGUUGUAUUGAACAAUAAAAUCAUUACCAUUAUACAUAUUUUUCUUAAUUUUAUAGUGGAUAACAAAUAUUGACAAAUCAUAUUCAUUCUUGUAUUUUUUUCUGAAAUAUUGGUUGAUUAUUUAUCAUUGCACCAACAGUUGAUAUUUACUAAAGAGGUUUAUUUGAAGAAGACUCUCCUAUAAUUGUCCUUUAAAACUUGACUAGACAUAUAAAAAUAAUUUGAAAUCAGAAUGGCCAUGUUUUGUAUUUUGUUACAAGGACUAUGAAGUUAAAGUGCAUAUAACUGUUAAAUAGAGCAAGGUUCAGAAUUUCUUAGUUUCUAGGCUAUUUGAAUGUUUCAGUGAAAUGUAUAUUUUGCUGAGCAAGAGUUUCAACAUAUAUAUAUUAUUGUUUAGAAGUUUCAUUAUUGAAAUAGAAAAAUAAAUUUUAAUUUGAAAGUUUAGGAUUGUUUGGUAACAAUUUUAUUACAGUACACUUAAUGAAGGCUACAUUCUAAUAUAAAUGAUAUCGCAUUAAAGUAGAAGUGUAAUUGAAGAAAACUUCAAAAUCUUUACGUUCCUAAAAAGGACAUAACUUUGUAAAAUAGGAAAAAACUUGAAGCAGACGUUAAUAGUGAGUCACACAACUAUAACCAUUUAAAAUAAUCGUGAGUCCAUAAGAAACUUUUCUGCCAUAAAAACUAUGCAUUCAACCCCUCAAACAAACAGUGACAAUCGAUAUGAAAAUUCAAAGACAUCACUCUACCCCAUCUGUGACUCUCAAGGUGGUCCGAAUGAACCCCUAGGUGUCAAUUGGAGAACUCGACAGUGGUUUAAGCAAAUUUCCAUUGUUGUUUGGGAAAAUGGUUGAAAUGCAGUAGCAGGUGGUCCAUUGAGCCAGUGAUAUUUUGAAAGUGAUCCACGAGGAAAAAAGUUUGAAUCCUCUAGUCUACACAAGUAACACUAGUAGCAAAUUCAAAUACUGUUGCCACUUAAUGAAAAAAUAAGUUCAUUCAAUUACAUUGAAAUUAGCCUCUGUUAAUAUUCAUGUUAUCCGUAUUUCACUUAUAUGAGCCUCAAGGCUCAAACGCUAAGUUGCUAAAAUCGAAUGCACUACUCAGAGAUUUUGAAUUGCAAAUUGCUAAUAUUUGUUUUCGAUUUUUUUACAAUACGCCCUAAAGAAACUAGUGAAGCAUUUGAAUCGAAAAAAUGUGAUAUAAUUGUACUAUGUAAAAAAAUAUGCACAGAUAUCGGCAAAUAUUUUUGACUGUCUGUCUGUUGAUAUUCUUAUAAGUAAAUUAUUAAAAAAAUCGUACAAAAAUACUGAAUGUUUAAAGUUUAGAACAAUAUUAGGUCUCCUUAGAGUUUCUAAAGGUCCUCAUAUUUUAUUUCAAAUAAUAACGAAUCACUGAAAAAAUCUUUACUUUUGAUGAUCUUUGUAUUAUUGCAAAGUCAAACCUAAAAUGGGAGGCUUAUAUCUCACAUUUAGUAGCAAACUGUAAAUUUUUUUGUACAUGCAAUGCAGGAAGCAUUUUAAGAUCAGACCUCUGAUACAGGUCUACACAUCAUUCAUAUGAUCUAAAUUUUAAUAUCGGUUGUUUUGAAAUCAAACUUCAAAACUUCAGCUUACGACUCUCAAAGAACGCCACACACGUACCACAAAUUAUCAUGAUUAUUCUAACAUAAAUAUCCUCAAUUCUUCCUCCACGAAUCAUAUAUGGGGUCAUUUCAGGAAGAUUUUCAAGGUAAAAUGUGUCCAAGAAAGAUCUUUCUUAGAAACUGUUCUUUAUUUCCAAAAUCAUGAGGUAGUAUUAUUGUUUAAAAAUAGGCUAGCCAUUAACAGUGACCUUCAUGUAGAGCGUAACUAUCUUUUUCAAACAAUAUUCUUUUUAUGAAAAAAUCUAUUGAUUUUUGUGUAUUAUAUUUUAGGGAUAAAAACACUACCCAGUAGUCUCAACUAUACAAAACAUCUGAUGAUGUAAAAUAAAAAUAAUUCAUUGGUGUAUUUAUAUAUAAUUUGUAAGCGACAGAAAAUUAGGAUAAAUAACAUAUAUUGUGUGUUUUGCUCUACUGUGAUUUACUCAAUUUUGAAAGAAGGAAUGAAGCACAGUAAAGGUCAUCACCACUAUAGUUUAAAAAAAUUCUAACCUGUAAUCAAAAUAAUCUGUAAAUAUUUCUUAUAAAAUGGUAUGGAUGAGCUAAAAAAUAUAGUUUAAAAUACUGUUGACAGAUCCCACACUGAUAUAUGCUUAUAUAUCGAUUUUUUAUAAACAUUUGGAAAAUAUCUGUCAUUAUUAGUUGAGGUCUUUGACCGGCCACUUUACAGUGAUCAGUUUCUUCAAAGCGACUAUUAUUUACAAAUUGAUUUGGUGCUUCUUUUUCCUGUUUGGUUAUUACAUUUCAAACAUGUAAUCAAACCAUUGUAAAUAAAAAAACUAAUUCAUUAUUGUCAUAAUUCAUAGCAACAAUGGGGCUUUUACACAUAUAAUAUAAAGCAGAGAUACACAAUAGAGCAAAAAAAUACAUUUUUUAUAUUUUUAUAUUCAUCUCUAAUUUAGUUACUAAGGCGUUACGUCUCUUUUCAAUAGAUAGUAUAAAUGUAACAUCAAUAUGUAAAAUUUAACCAAAAGUUAGAACGUAGCUUCUAAAUUUAUGUUGUCACUUAUUGCCAUUUAAAUCUAAAGUACUUCAUUGUCUUUGUGGAAUUUUGCCAUCAAUAUUUAACUAACUUCCAAUUAAUCUAUUCAGUUGAAAUUUCGCAAAAAGUAUGACGAACCAGCGGUUAGAUACAGUGUGAAUGAAAAUGCAUUAUUCAACUUUCAUAAAUUUUUUAUUUCAUUAAUAUAAUUUCAAGAAAUUUCAAGAAAAAGAUUCGUGAAAUUUUAUGAAUUCACAAGUUUUAUAUAAUGAUUUUUCAUAUAAAAAUUUUAAUAUGGAUUAUAUCUUUUUUAGAACCCAGAGGUCGUUUAAUUUCUGAUGGGGAAAAAUUUAAAUCUACUCCUAAUCUUCCAGUGGAAUUUUUUAUUAAUUUUGAAUUAUGUUAAUUUAAAAAAUACUUUACUUCCCUAAAACUCAAAAAAUAUAACAAUUGUGUUGGUGCUGAAUUGUGGAGAAAUAUAUAGAAAAAACAGUUUGCUAAACAAAUCUUUCAAAAUUAGUACAUAGGUAUAUGACGGCCCAUUCAUAAAUUGUCACAUAUCAAAAGAGGAGAAAGGACUAAUGAAGUGUGACAUUGUGUUACAAUUAGUCUGUCAUCGAAACAACAAAAACUAAUUUUUAAAGUGCUGAAAAAUUCAUGGUAUGCUAGUAAAUCAUGUACAAAAGAAUAAAAUACGAAAAAAUGAUUAAAAAACUGAAAUAAUUUCAAGUUACGUUCAGUAGUGUAUUUCUUGUUCCUUAUGGUUAUAUUACAUACAAAUACAUCAAGGACAAUGCAAAUCCGGGAGGAACUUGUUUUAUAUAUAUUUUAUUAUUACAAAUGAUUAACACAAUACAAUACAAAUGUGAUUUUAUAAGAGAUAAAUAUUUGACAAUAUCUUUUGUCACUGGACACUUUAUUUUGUUAUAUAACAAUGAUACCUAUUCUGUUUGAUUUGUGAAUUUAUUUAAACAUAUAUUAAUAUUUUUCAAUGAUAUACAAAAUAAAUCAAAUAAGCAAACUCUGGUUGCUUAGAAAAGAUAAUUAAAAAUAAUCUAAAAAGUAUAAAGGGUGUCUAAUAACUAGUGGUUCAUAUACCUGAAACUAGAGAAAUGUGAAACGGAACUAGGUUGAUUAAUGUGUAGUAAAGAUUUUUUCAGAAAUUAUUAGUUUAAAAAAUGAUGGGAACCAAAAUUUUAGGAGAACACAUUGGUGUUAGUGUUUUAUUGAAUACAUAGCAUUCAAUCGAAUUCUUAGACUAAUCAGACUCUGUAGUGUGUUUCUAGUUAAAUCUAUAGAAUCGACAUUAUAUUUGAAAAAAGUUAGUUUAAAUUUAGCUAAAUGAAUGUUAGUAUGUUAUCAAUACACAGAAAUAUCGUUUGUUUCUAAUUUUUUCAAAUAUUUUUGCUGAUAAAUAUUCUUGAUUUUAGGUAUUUUUAAUUGUAAUAACUUUGAAUAGAUAUAUCUUUAAUGUUUCUAUCUAUUUGAAAAGCAAUUACAAUUGAAUGAGACCUCAAAUUGAGACAAUAUAUCAGCAAUAUAAUUAUUUGUGUGUGUAUGUGUGUGCUUAUGUAUUUUUCUGGAAACAAGCGAACGAUGUUUUUGUUUAAGAUAGUUUUACUUAAAAAAAAAGUGUGAUUCAAUGAGUGCUGAGUAUUUACAUCUAUAUUAGCUAUAUGAAUUUUGUUAUAUAUUAAAUAAAAUAUUACAACUA